CAACAACUUGCUGACGAAUGCUGUGAGCGCCAAAGUUAUGGAUUUUGGCUCAAUCGCUCAUACGGAAAUCGCUCUCUCAUUGGAGGCCUACCAGCUCAACUACAACCAGGAUGACGACUCAGCUUCAGCACCAAUCUGAUGUGGCCAGGAGGGCCGGGACCCUUGCCGGGAAGGCCCAGGCGGGCGUCACCCUAGGUGACCUGCACCCGCUGGACCCCAUCCGUGCCGAGGAGAUUUUGGCCGCUGCUCAGGCGUGCCGGGAGUAUGGCGCCCAGCUGGGCAUUCCGAAGCUGCGCUUCAACUCCAUGGCGGCGCAGGAGCCGGAGAAGGGUGCCGUGCUGGCGUACCUGCGUGGCGACGGCCCGCGCCCCGCGCGCCGCGCCCUGGCUGUGCUGGAGGUCACCGCCGAGCCGUAUGCCGUGAUUGAGGCGGUCGUGGACCUGGAGGGGGCGCAGGGCGAGGUGCUGUCGUGGAAGGAGAUGGUGGGCGUGCAGCCCUGCCUGACGAUCGACGACGUGGUGGAGAGCGAGGAGAGGCUGAAGGCGAACCCGGAGUUUUUGGCGCUCAUGGCGUCGCGCUACGGCAUCACCGACAUGCAGCUGCUGGCGGUGGAUCCGUGGUACUCUGGCUUCCGCUACGGCUCUCCCGAGGGCCGCAUCCUGCAGUUCCUGCUCUACAUGCGCUCCUCACCCGACGACAACCACUAUGCCCACCCGCUGGACACCAUCAUCUUCUACGACUACCACGCAGACAGGAUCCACAAAGUGUACAGCCAGAACGGGGAGGCGGGGUGGGAUGUGCCCGCCCAGGACGCCAACUUCCACCGCACGCUGGUGGACCGCCCCUGGCGCACCACCCAGAAGCCGCUCAACAUUGUGCAGCCCGAGGGGCCGUCGUUCGCCGUGCGCGGCAACCUCGUGAGCUGGGAGGGCUGGGACUUCCACGUCGGCUUCUCCUGGCGCGAGGGCCUCAUCCUCAACAACCUGUCGCUGGCGGGGCGCCCCGUGCUGUACCGCGCCGCGCUGGCCGAGAUCAUCGUGCCCUACGGGGAGCCCAGGGAGCCCUUCCAGUACAAGGCCGCCUACGACAUUGUGGACUAUGGGCUGGGCUUCUGCGCCAACCCGCUGGAGCUGGGCUGCGACUGCCUGGGCCACAUCAAGUACUUUGACGCCGUGCUGAACAACUCCCGCGGCGGCGUGACCGUCAUCAAGAAGGCGGUGUGCAUGCACGAGGAGGAUGUGGGCAUGGCCUGGAAGCACUACGAGUAUCGCAACGGCCACGUGGAGGUGCGGCGCCACCGCCGCCUCGUCAUCUCCUUCAUCGCCACCAUUGCCAACUACGAGUACGGCUUCUACUGGUACCUGUACCAGGACGGCACCAUCGGGUUUGAGGGCAAGCUGACGGGCAUCGUGUCCACCCACGCCCUCUUCCCCGCCGAGGUGGCCAACGGCGGGCAGCCGCAGUGGGGCACGCGCCUGGCCCCCGGCGUCAACGCCCACAUCCACCAGCACUUCUUCAUGGUGCGCCUCGACCCCGCGGUGGACUGCCCAGAGGGAGGCAAGAACCUGCAGGUGGUGGAGGUGGAGGCCGAGCCGAUGCCGCUGGGCCCUGCCAACCCGCACGGCGUGGGCUUUGACAUUGUGGAGCGCGUGCUGGGGCGGGAGGCGGAGGCCCAGCGCAUGUGCGCCCCCGAGCGCUCCCGCGUGUGGAAGGUGCAAAACCCCAACAGCAUCAACCCGGUGACGGGCAAACCUGUGGCCUGGAAGCUCAUGCCGGGCAGCCCCUGCCCUCCCAUGCUGGCCCACCCCACCUCGUCUCACGCCACCCGCGGUGUCUUUGCCACCAAGCACCUGUGGGUGACCCCCUACCACCCCAAGGAGAUGAACCCCGCGGGCGACUACCCGCUGCAUCCAGACCCGGAGCAGAACCAGGGCAUCGGGCAGUGGACGCGCGCCAACCGCAACCUGGACGGCGCCGACUGCGUGCUGUGGUUCAACCUGGGCAUCACGCACGUCGUGCGCCUGGAGGACUGGCCCGUGAUGCCUGUGGAGCGCCUGGAGUUCCACCUCAAGCCCUGGAACUUCUUCACCCAGAACCCCACCCUGGACCUGCCCCCCACCCGCAACAUCGCCUCCCGCAACUACGACGACGCGCAGCGCGGCGGCGCGGGCACCUCGGUCGCCGCAGCCGCCGCCAGCGCCUCGGAGGGCGCCGGCGCCUGCUGCGCCCAGGCCCCCACGCCCAACACCCCCCAGCCCGCCAGCAAGCUGUGAGGUGGCGGCGUGCCGUGGCAGCGCGGCGCGCUGUGCGGGCGCGGGCAGCGGCGGGGGGUGGGGGCGAUGGCGCCGUCGGCAGGAGU